AAAUCCCAACGCUUGAGCACUUGUCUAAUCUCAAGUCUCUUCGUUUGAAAAAAUUGAAGAAUGUGAGGUCUAUAAAUGCUUCAUUUAAUCAUUUAACGUCACUCCAUAUAAGAGGGUUAGAUAGAUUGGAAUGCCUACCAGAAUGGUUAUUCUAUAACAAUCAAAAUCUCUCCAUUUUGAAGAUAUCAGAAUGCCGUGUGUUGAAAGAAUUACCGGAUGGCAUUGACACCCUCAAUUCUCUGGAGUGUUUGUGUAUUUGGGAUUGUGAAAAUAUGAAGUCGAUUGGGAAUCCAAGUAGUGGAGCACGGAAAUCACAUGGGGUCCUUCUUGAGCUGAGUAUUGGAGGGUGCGAAGAGCUGAUGGAAUUACCAUGUCAAAUACUAGACUCGUGGGCCCCUACAAUUGAGUAUCUUGAAUUGAUAGAAUUAAGGAGUCUGAAGAAUCUACCAGUGCUAAUUGACUGCCUCGCUAAAUCAUCUUCUCAUCUCAAAGUAUUAACAAUCCUAGGUGUUCCUAAAUUGAUGGCUGCUAGUGUUGGUGGAAUUGAGAGUUGGGAUCUUAGCAGCUUGAAAAUUUUAAGCAUAGAUGUGAGUGUGGAGUGGUCAAGAGAGGCUAGUGUUGGCAUUGCAGAGACUGUGGAUGGGAUGCUGCAAAGAUGUUGCAACUCACUUCAUGACUUGCUUUUCGCAGGGAUGGAAAAUUGGGAGUGGUUUCCCCAAUCAAUUCAAUAUCUCACUAUUCUUCAAUUCUUAAGGUUAAAGAAUAUAGGAGCAGAAGAAUUGCCCCAAUGGUUGGGGAACCUCUCAUCUCUAAGAGAGUUAUAUCUAAAAAGUUGCAACAAGUUGAAGCGCCUGCCCUUUGUGGAUGCAUUCAAACACCUCACUAAAUUAAAGCAUUUAGAAAUCAUAGAUUGCCCGGAACUACAUAUUGAUUCCGAUUGGUGCAGCCACCAUCCCCAGCUUGAAAUCAAGGUCGAUGGCCAACCUGUUAGUACGUUUUUGCAGGCCAGAGAUUGAAGUUAAGAACAGAGCUCGUACAAAGUCGAAAAAGAAGAUCCACACCAACUUCGAAACGUGCCUUGCUCAAGCAACUUAUGAUUUUGGAUGAUUGGUUGGUUUUUAUGUUGUUCCCACAUGAAUCUUGACAAAUUUGACGGACUAAUAAUACUACAUGCUAUUCCUUGUCUAUGA